UCUCUGACGUCAUUCUGACGACGCAGCAGUGCCGCUUGCAAACAUGGCGAAUAUCAGGAAGCUCAAGGGAAUGGUGGGGCUGGUCACAGGAGGUGCCUCGGGUUUGGGCAGGGCUACAGUGGAGCGGCUGGUCAACCAUGGCGCGAGUGCUGUAAUCCUUGACCUGCCAAGCUCAGACGGCCACAGUGUGGCUGCAGCUCUCGGCGAGCGCUGUGCGUUUGCUCCAGCUGAUGUAACUUCAGAGUCAGAUGUGCGCUCCGCUGUGGAUUUGGCUAAAGAGAAGUUUGGCCGACUGGACCUGGCGGUGAACUGUGCUGGUAUUGCCGUCGCCGUUAAGACAUACAACUUCAAAAAGGACAUCCCUCACAGUCUGGAGGACUUCAGUAGGGUCAUCAAUGUAAAUAUUGCAGGCAGCUUUAAUGUUAUAAGGCUGGCGGCAGGGAUGAUGGGCAAGAAUGAGCCAGAUGCUGAUGGACACAGAGGCUGCAUCGUUAACACCGCCAGCGUUGCAGCUUUUGAUGGGCAGGUGGGCCAGGCUGCAUACUCUGCAUCUAAAGGCGGUAUUGUGGGAAUGACCCUUCCAAUUGCUCGAGAUCUCGCUCCUAUGGGCAUCCGCGUGGUCACUAUUGCCCCAGGUUUGUUUUCUACGCCACUGCUGGCUGGUCUGCCUGAGAAGGUUCAGGGUUUUCUCGCACGUCAGGUGCCUUUCCCAUCACGCCUGGGCGACCCUGCUGAGUUUGCUCACCUCGUGACCGCCAUUGCUGAAAACCCCAUGAUCAAUGGUGAGGUGAUUCGCCUGGAUGGGGCCAUCCGGAUGCAGCCUUAAGAAGGAGAGACCCACACAGAGGGGAAGUGACAACACUGCUGUGUGUGCGUGUGUGAAAAUAAAAAGGGUUAAUGGAAUAGAGCCGAAUGAGCAUUCCCAGUUUCAGUGUACUGCAGUUUUACUUCUCAGGACUCACUGAGUUAAAUGUUUUGCUGUUUGUUUGUUUUUAAACCACUGGAAAUCUCUAGAUAAUUUUUAUAGUGCAGCUCUGAUUUUCCAAAAAUUAACCUGGUUGUGUGAGUAAAUUUGCUCUUCAGGCCAGUACCAGCCUUUAUUCUGUUCUGGGAAGAGCCUAAAGUGCAUUACUAAGAUCCUGAUCAGAUUACACAGGGUGUAGUGCAAAUAAUCAAAUAAUAAAAUAUCUUGCUGAAAAGC